AUGACAUCUGUCAACACCAACACUUCCAACAUGACAUCUGUCAACACCAACACUUCCAACAUGACAUCUGUCAACACCAACACUUCCAACAUGACAUCUGUCAACACCAACACUUCCAACAUGACAUCUGUCAACACCAACACUUCCAACAUGACAUCUGUCAACACCAACACUUCCAACAUGACAUCUGUCAACACCAACACUUCCAACAUGACAUCUGUCAACACCAACACUUCCAACAUGACAUCUGUCAACACCAACACUUCCAACAUGACAUCUGUCAACACCAACACUUCCAACAUGACAUCUGUCAACACCAACACUUCCAACAUGACAUCUGUCAACACCAACACUUCCAACAUGACAUCUGUCAACACCAACACUUCCAACAUGACAUCUGUCAACACCAACACUUCCAACAUGACAUCUGUCAACACCAACACUUCCAACAUGACAUCUGUCAACACCAACACUUCCAACAUGACAUCUGUCAACACCAACACUUCCAACAUGACAUCUGUCAACACCAACACUUCCAACAUGACAUCUGUCAACACCAACACUUCCAACAUGACAUCUGUCAACACCAACACUUCCAACAUGACAUCUGUCAACACCAACACUUCCAACAUGACAUCUGUCAACACCAACACUUCCAACAUGACAUCUGUCAACACCAACACUUCCAACAUGACAUCUGUCAACACCAACACUUCCAACAUGACAUCUGUCAACACCAACACUUCCAACAUGACAUCUGUCAACACCAACACUUCCAACAUGACAUCUGUCAACACCAACACUUCCAACAUGACAUCUGUCAACACCAACACUUCCAACAUGACAUCUGUCAACACCAACACUUCCAACAUGACAUCUGUCAACACCAACACUUCCAACAUGACAUCUGUCAACACCAACACUUCCAACAUGACAUCUGUCAACACCAACACUUCCAACAUGACAUCUGUCAACACCAACACUUCCAACAUGACAUCUGUCAACACCAACACUUCCAACAUGACAUCUGUCAACACCAACACUUCCAACAUGACAUCUGUCAACACCAACACUUCCAACAUGACAUCUGUCAACACCAACACUUCCAACAUGACAUCUGUCAACACCAACACUUCCAACAUGACAUCUGUCAACACCAACACUUCCAACAUGACAUCUGUCAACACCAACACUUCCAACAUGACAUCUGUCAACACCAACACUUCCAACAUGACAUCUGUCAACACCAACACUUCCAACAUGACAUCUGUCAACACCAACACUUCCAACAUGACAUCUGUCAACACCAACACUUCCAACAUGACAUCUGUCAACACCAACACUUCCAACAUGACAUCUGUCAACACCAACACUUCCAACAUGACAUCUGUCAACACCAACACUUCCAACAUGACAUCUGUCAACACCAACACUUCCAACAUGACAUCUGUCAACACCAACACUUCCAACAUGACAUCUGUCAACACCAACACUUCCAACAUGACAUCUGUCAACACCAACACUUCCAACAUGACAUCUGUCAACACCAACACUUCCAACAUGACAUCUGUCAACACCAACACUUCCAACAUGACAUCUGUCAACACCAACACUUCCAACAUGACAUCUGUCAACACCAACACUUCCAACAUGACAUCUGUCAACACCAACACUUCCAACAUGACAUCUGUCAACACCAACACUUCCAACAUGACAUCUGUCAACACCAACACUUCCAACAUGACAUCUGUCAACACCAACACUUCCAACAUGACCACUAUCAACACUAACGAACAUUUUGGGUUCAAGAAAAACGUGAAUAUGAGUUCUCACCUUCCUCUCAGGUUUAGCGCUCGCCCAGAUCCAUUUAAUUGUACAAACAUUCCUAAGAACAGUAAAGUGGUAGUAUAA